GACAGCAUUCCUUUCCAACUGUCACUUGACAUGUGCUCAAACGUGCUAGUGUUUUCGUUCUUGUUUUGAUUGGGCCGGUUUCGCGUUUAUCACUACAUAAAUUAUAAUUCGGAAGAAAAUGGCUGUAGAUCAGCAAUCACAUCGUCCGGGGUCGUUUAAGCAACCUAAUAAGCCUCACAAAACUGGGCGUCACCGUUCGAAGGGUGCCAUCGACAAUGCACUCAAAGGCAAAGUAUCCUUGAAGGCUGUCUCGCAUAAACAAAAGCAGCAGCAGCGACGUGAACAGCGGCGUAAUCAGGCAAACCAGAUUCGUAAAAAUAAGCGAGAUGAAAUUCUCGCAAAAAAGCGACUACUGGGCGGAACCAGCACAGCUCCAUUUCUUGUUUGCAUUCUACCACUUCACGGUCAUAUUGAUGCCCAGUCAGCGUUAGCUGUACUGUCAGCCGCUGAUGACGAAGCAAUUGUUGAUAAAUCUCUAGCUGGCGUGACAUACAUUACUGUGCCUCGUUUCAAGCAGCGAUUUGCAUUCAUCAUACCGCCAACAGGACAUGGAAAUGAACUAGCAGUUUUAGAUUAUCUGAAAGUCUGCGAUACAACUUUGCUACUCACUUCCGCAAUCACCGGUGAAGACGAAGUGUUUGAUCGGUGGGGUCAGAAAAUAUUCAAUAUGAUAAGCGCCCAAGGAAUUCCCUCUCCAAUAGUCGCCCUUAUGGAUAUGGAAUCAAUAAAUCCGAAGAAGAAGCAACAACUCAAAGCUAACGUUCAAAAAUUUAUUUCUAAACUAUUGCCGGAGGAGAAAAUCAUGCAACUGGACACUAAUGCAGAAGGUCUGAACAUGCUGCGGAGAAUUGGUGGACAGAAGAAAAAUAUCCUACACAAUGCUGCUAAUCGGCCACAUCUACAUGCUGAAAAGGUGGAGUACGUUCCCGAUGCAGAUGGAGAAAAUGGAACACUUAAAUUGACAGGCUUCUUGCGCGGAAUCCCGUUAGAUGUUAACGGAUUAGUGCAUAUCCCCGGCUUAGGAGAUUUCCAAAUGAGUCAAAUUGAUGCUCCCACCGAUCCACAUAAAUAUGAUAAGAGUAAAGAGGCAGAAAUGACCACCACUGAAGUAAGGGUGAUUGCAAAAUCAGAACCAAGCAAACAGACUAGCUUGCAAACCGAAAAUAUUCCAGAUGAGAUGGAUGCAGAGCAGACUUGGCCGACCGAAGAUGAAAUUGCAAAUGCAAAUGAAGAAACAAAGAAGACGCGACUUGUGAAGCGCGUACCGAAGGGAAUGAGUGACUAUCAGGCAUGUUGGAUUCCAGAUGUGGAGGAAGUCGAUGAUAACGAUGCUGAAGAUGAUGACGAUGAAAAUAGUGAUGAAGACUUUAUGUCAUGUGCAUCAGAAGUGAAUUCAGAUGAGGAGAUGGAGCAAGCACGAAGCGAUACUGAGGAACAAUUCGAAAUGGUUUCUGUAUCUGAUGGCCCCGUUAAUGAUGAAAAAUAUGAUUUAGCGAUGGACCUCCACGAGGAAAUAGAAACUCUGAGAAAAAUUAAAGAAGCGCGCACCGAUCAGUUAUGGCCAGACGAAAUUGAUACUCCACAGGACAUUCCAGCAAAGGAAAGAUUCCAAAAGUACAGAGGAUUGGAAUCGUUCAGAACGUCGCCAUGGGAUCCUAAAGAGAAUCUCCCGAGCGAUUAUGCACGGAUUUAUCAAUUCAAAAAUUUCGAUCGUACGAAACGUCGGGUAAUCCAGGAAGCGGCGGAAGUGGAUGGUGUGAUGCCCGGGUGGUAUAUUACCGUUCACGUUGCCAACGUUCCCCAGGAAAAAUGGGCCGCUUAUCAAUCCGCCCAGCAAUCACCUAAUAUUGUGAUGUACGGCAUUUUGCCGCAUGAACACCAAAUGUCUGUUGUUAACGUGAUACUGAAGCGAAUACCGGAUUCAGAGGUUCCAAUCAAAUCUAAGGAAAAGUUGAUUAUUCAAUGCGGUUACCGAAGAUUUGUUGUCAAUCCUAUUUUUAGUCAGCAUACAAACGGCGCUAAACACAAGUACGAACGAUUCUUCAGACCUCACACAACAGUAGUGGCGACGUUUUACGCACCAAUUCAAUUUCCUCCGGCUCCUGUGUUGUGCUUCAAAGAAAAUCCUGAUACGAGCUUAGCCCUCGUUGCGCGUGGUUGUCUGCUAUCCUGCAAUCCAGACAGGAUAAUUUUGAAGAGAAUAGUUCUCAGCGGGCAUCCUUUUAAGAUAAAUCGCAAGAGUGCCACCGUCCGUUAUAUGUUCUUCAACAAGCCUGACGUUGAAUACUUCAAACCAGUUCAACUACGUACAAAAUGCGGCCGUUUGGGACACAUCAAGGAGUCUUUAGGCACGCAUGGUCAUAUGAAAUGCGUUUUCGAUGGUCAGCUGAAAUCGUACGAUACAGUGUUCCUGUAUUUAUAUAAGAGAGUUUUCCCUAAAUGGAAUUAUGAAGAAUGUGUUGUUCGAUGUGAUGAUGCUAAUAAAAUGCAGGACUAAGCAGAAAGGUUUCUUUCGAUCGGUUUAUAUUUAUUUUUGAAAAAAAUAUAUAGAUAAUGUUAAUUUA